AUGGGAGUUUCAAGAGACAAACAGCUUCAGGUUCUACAGUUGCUCAAAGUAGUAGUUGGUGAUGGAGGCGAUGAGAUGUUUCCUUUUGGUUAUGAGACAAUGAAGAGGAGAUGGGAGAUACUGAACAAGAUAUUCUCCAUGUCCACGCGUUUCUCGCUUCAAGCAAUCAAGCCCGAGUACUGCAACUACUUCAAGAAAGUCAGAGACUUUACUCCUUCUUAUGCGUGGGUGAAGUGUGAGAGAGAAGAAGACAAAAACUGCUAUGAGAUAUUUAGAGAGGCCAAGAUCACAGGACGUGGUGGCAAAAUGUAUGGGUCUGAGGAAAGUUUUGUGCGAUUGAGUCUCAUCAAAUCACAAGACGAGUUUGAUCAGCUUAUUGAUAUGUUGAAGAAGUUCAUCUCCCAAGAAGUUUUAGGAGCUGAUUCCAUCUGA